AUGAUACAGGGGGCUCUUCUCUCAGAGACACGUUCACGCGCAAAGCGGCAACACGAGAGCCUUGCUCGUCUUUGUGGACGAUCAGUGAGUUCGUGUCCCUGCGCUCUACCCGUCUACCGACAGCCUUCCGAUCUGCCCGCACUUCGACAUGUCCAGUCAGUUUACAAAACUGGGUUCCGACGACAGCUUAUUAAGUACAUUCAUCGACGCAAAAGAGCCGAGAGGGCGAGACUUCGAAUUCUCGCCAAGCACUAUGCUCGUCAUGCACAGGCAUUCUUUAAGCGUCAUGAAAAGCUAAUGAACAGUGCUAAACGGAAGCAGAAAGACGCCAAAAAUCGGGAAAUAUUUGAUAAGGCCUUUCCUGAGAUGAAGAAGAUCCGCGAAGACCAGGGUCAAAAGGACGGUGGAAAAUGUGAAGACGGUCACGACACCGGUUCUACUGCUGGCUCAAAUGGAGUUGAUGGUGAUCAAGUAUACGACCUUGUCGAAGACAUUGCCAAGAUGAAGGAGUACGCUAUUGACCCGCCCGUUACUCUUGCACCUUGGGAGAGGUCCUACCAUUUUCUCUGCACCGCUCAUCGUAUUGCUGAUCCCAAAUCGGAGCAUCUGAAAGCUCAAUCCUUGGAGAAGUGGUCAAAAGAGGACAGGGCACGUUUUAAGGAGCGCUUCUUGGCCACGCCAAAGAAUUUCACUACAAUCGCGGCUAGUUUAGACAAGACAGUAGCAGAAUGUAUUCACUACUAUUAUCUCAGCAAGAAGUCUGAGGGCUACAAGGCCUUAGUGAAGAAGCACAGCACCUCGCGUCGAAGGCGGACUGGACAUUCGGACAAAAAUGGGCCUACGGGUCCCUCUCAUGGGACUGCUUCAAAGAAAGCACCCUCCAGGGUAUCCACCCCUGGUGGAGAUGAUCAUCGGAACUCUCCACAUCCUGAUAUCAAGAAUGAGGAUGGUCACACGGCAGGCCAUCGAAAAGGCGGUGGUGGAGGAGGCUCGACUCGAGGUAGGUCGGGUCGUCGUGGUGGAAGUGAUCAUCGAUCCACAAAGGGAUCCGGAAGAGGGAGAUCGGGAACACCUGUACCCCCGCCAAUUCCAACCACAUCCUCCAACACUUUAGUUCAGUCUGACAGCGUUGCUACUGACAUCAAGCCAACAUCAACGGAAAUUGAUAGACCUCAGAGUUCUACCUCCGCUUUGAAAAUCGAAGAUCCUAAAGAUAACCAGACGGUCACUGGGAAAUUGUUGGAUUCAAACUUGACGAAAAAUUCAAAUGGAUCAUCGCAUUUGAUCAAAGACAAGGAUGAGUCGAAAGAAGCAUUUCAAGGUGGAACAAAACCAAUUGACGAAUGUCCUCCAUCAGAUGGACAGGUCUCAUCGGUCCCUUCGUUGGUGUACUUUCAUGAACUAAUAAAACGGAACGUUGACAAGGCCUACGCAUCGCGAGGCCCAGAGGCGAUGAUAACACCAGGAGGAGGAGGAGGAGGAGGAGUACCCACUGGUGCCAUGGACCACCGCCACGGUUACGCAUCGCCUCAUCAUCACCCUACCUCUAUCACAGAUACUGUUGCCUUGGCUCAUGGCUCCCCGGCCUCUGGAAACUAUUCUCCUCAUCCACAUCUCGAAGAGUCAGCUAUGAAUCGACCAGCCUUUUCUGAUACUGGUGGUGUCGGCUCUAACCUCAUGCCCCCAAAGGAUGCCGUUGCAGCCUCCUGUUUGGCAGCCGCUUUACCCGAACAUCUUGUCAAUUUGGCGAAGGGGGCAGUAGCCGCUGGUAGUAUUUCUCCAGAACUGCUCGCCAGCAUUCCUCAACUUUCUGCAGUGGUGGCCUCAGGUGCGGUCUACGCAACACCAUCCUCUUCUUCCGCUGCCUCUGGUCAGGCUCUAGCACAGGUCCUCACGCAAUCAAUGGCGCGUGGGGGAGGCUCGCAGUCACCAACACAGAGACCAUCUCAUGACCCCUCUACCCAAUUGGCAGAUCCAGCUGCGGCUGCCUACAGUAAGGCUAUCCUUAUUGGCGACUUUUGUACCGCUCAACAACUCUCAAGGGGAAGUACACCCUCUCAACAGACCCAAAUUCCCACUUCCGCUAACAUGACAGGAACUGGUCUGCAACGCGCUGCUGACUACACCGAUCCUGCCUAUCUUAGCAGUCGAACGAUCGAUCCAUUGACCCUACCGUUGCCUACGAAACGCCCUGGUACCGGUGGAUCCACUCCGGGUCCUUCUCGUGCCAUGGGACAUGGGAGUUCUCAAGGCAUUUUACGCUCUCCUCCAACGGCCGGUGGCUCCAGUUACCACUAUCAAUCACCUUCACUUCCUCCAUCCCUUUCUAGACACCGUCAAAUAGCUUCACAUCCACCAUCUAGUGAGGUUUUCUACGAUUCUGAAAGUGGAGCUAUGAACCAUCUGUAUUACCUUUAUUUGAUUAAACAAUUCUUUUUAGACAUUGAUGUUGGGGUGCAGCGCCAAAGUGCGGGAAGGUCAAUGGGGGCUCCCCAAGUUAGUACUUAUGCUCCUCAAAUCGGCUACGGAGAUGCAUCCGUAGCUAAACUCUCUGGGUAUUAUGACUUAUCAUCCAUCAAUCCGUCUAAGAAGAAUAGCGUUGCGUCGAUAAACCUGGAAUCGGCAGUGGGCUGUCGAGGGAGUGGAGGCUUAGAUCCCAAGGUAGAGGAGUAUAUCAACCACGCAGCAAAGCUCUAUCAAGAUGAAGUAGAGCGCUAUACCUCACGUGAUCGCUCUGACUCUAUGCGCACUCGUACGAGCAGCGAGACAUCGCAACAGAUGCACACAGCGCUGGACAAUGCGCGUCAACGCGUUCUUGGCAUGACUGCUGCUGCUGCCACCGUUGAAAAUUCCAGUACGUCCGCAGGCUACACUACCCCCUCUAUCUUUGCGAAUCCCGUUCCCGCCGAAUUGAUGGGAGGAAUGUUGGAUAUCAACGAAAUGAUCGCCAAACAUGGUCCGCAGUAUCUUUCACUAAUCGCGGCAGCAGCUGUGGAAGCGACUUCUUCCCCCGCAACAAUGGCCACAUCAACAUCGGCGGUGGCAACUGAAGGCAUUCCUUUGUUCACCCCCCGUGCAUCUAAACCCUCCCUAACGGAUAGAAGCGUUCAGCUUCAGCCAUUACCACUGCCAACAUCCUCAGCAUCAGCGUCACAGUUCUCUCCUACUCCAUUGCACAAUAUUCCGCAGCCAAUGCCGUUGCCACGCUAUCGCAAAUCUGCCAGUGGCACCAUCAGCAACAUCGCUGCCACCACAGUCUCCGUUGGACAUCCUCCCUCCUCUUCGUUCAGUUCGCCCGCGCUCUCCUCACAACGUGACUUCUUCCCUGUUCUCUGUGAAGAUAACGUCUCCGUCGGUGGUUUCCAUCCUCACCACCAACAGCCUCAUCGGUAUCCAACUCUGAUGCGGGCUAGCGCCUCGAGAAAUCUGGAAUCUGUUGGCUUGUUACCAGAAGAGUUGGCAAAAAAAGCUUCGGCUGGAGGUUUACGGUCUCACCAGCAGCUCUCUUCAUCAACAUCACAGCCCCACACAACUACCCCACACACGCCGGCAUCAACAUCAACAUCAAACAACCCCUCCUUGGUCAUCUCCUCCUCUUCUGCUACCUCCUCAACUACGUCUGCUGCUCCUAGUUUGACCACUGUCAGUUCUUUCCGACCUUCCGACGUUUCGAACACCGUUGUUACGCUCUCCACAUCGUCAAUUGCAUCUAUCGCUUCGGCGAAUGCAUCUGCCUCCUGCACUGGAACUCUUGGCGAUCAAAUAGAAAAGGCAAUCACGGAUGGGAUAAUUGUGCAACAGGGUAGUCAGGACACGCAGAGAAUUAACCCUUCAACGGCUGAAGCCAAGAGCGUCAAGUCCAUUCAUCCCACAUCCAGUCUCUUGAAGGCUGACGCGGAGAAUCAGGACUUAUCGCCUCUACUCGUGCCUGGUGCACGCUCUUCGUCAGCGAGUCUGUUAACAAGUCCCUCGCAUAUUUCUGCAUCAGUAUUCCCGAAGAAACGAAAUCGCCUAACUAGCAGUGGCAGUAUUGGUAUAGGCCUUGUUCGCCCUGCAUCACCCCUUCGAUCGCAUGAAACGGAGGCAUUGACGCCUCAGGCAUCGUCAGCAGUCACUACCCCACCGAAUGCCUCACCAGCUUCUGCAGAGGGGCGGUCAUCGGUUUCUAAGUCUCCUGCUGGUGCUUUUUCUAUCUCUAUUACUGCAAACGUUUCCGCGACCCCUGGCAUCUCUGCUAUUUCACCUCCCAGCUCUGCGGAAUCGCCUGGCAAUUUGCAGAUUUGCAUACCCCCGGAAGACGAGCAGUCCCAGUAUUCGCCGACCACACCGAGUGAGGUCGUUCUCGGGAGACCGGGCAGUCUCUCGCGUCAGACAUCGAAUUCAAAAUCUUCAAACAUGAGUGCUGUGCCAGCCACAAGUCCUUCCCACAUGACCUCAAACAAUGAGUCUACGAGUCCAAGACACAAUCCCCCAUCUCCGUCUUCAUCUUCUUCAUCAUCGACACCGCAACAGCAGCCGCCACAGUCCCCAUAG